AUGAACAGACGAACGCUACUCCUUCUAGUAUGCGUGCUCCUUCUCUGUGGAGGCGUUUCAUCCUCGGAGUAUGAGCUCAGCACCCAUCCACGCUUCAUCUGCACCCCCAUUCCCCCUGAUGCCCCCUGUCUCACCUCUGAUAGCACUGGCCACCAAAGCAGCCAUCAUAGUAGCCAUUAUGGUGAGCAUCACGGCAGGCCCCACAGCAGCCAUUACAGCGGCCAUCACGGUGACUCCUGGUUGGGCAUGUCGGAUGACACCACGCCCACCAUCCUUCACCUGCGCGAGAGCUUAGUGCAGCAGAAAGAGACGAUUCUGGACCAGAGGGAGACGAUCCGCGAGCUCACCUCCAAGCUGGCACACUGCCAGGGCUUUGGGCAUGGCCUGGGCGGACAUGAGCAUGGACAUGCCCAGUACAGGCAUUACCACGGCAACGAAGAGCACACGGGUGACGAGACGAUGAGUCUACCUCACUUGAGCUCUCUGGAGCAGAUGAGCCACAUGCUGGCGACGUUAAAGGAGAGACUGGAAAACCUGCAGACGCAGAACACGUCCACUGCGUACUCCGCCUCUCUGAAGGAGCUGCUGCAGAGGAAGAUCUCUGCCCUGGAGCAGCAAAUGCUGCAUCACGCUGCGGCCAUCACCGAUGGCAGCUAUCACUACGGUGAUGACGAGGAUGACGACGAUCACCAUGACGGUCAUCACCAUGACGAACACCAUGAUGGACAACAUGACAGUAACAACAAUCGCCAUGAUGACAGUCACCAUGACAGCGAGGCCGGUGGACACGGCCACCCGAUGACAUCACAACGCUUGCAGAAUCGCAGGACGACGCACGACGAGCUGGACAAAGUGCUGAAGCAUUUGUUCUCAUCCCCACUGUUUUCAGGUACGAGGAAGAGAAGUAAAUCUUCCAGAAGUUUCCAAAUUGGCUUCCCCAUGCGCACUAACUACAUGUAUGGGAGAAUGAAGAGAACUGUGACACGUGAAAUCUACACCAUGACGCUGUGUAUGUGGCUGAAGGGCGGAGCCUCGGGCAUCGGCACGCCCUUUUCCUACUCCGUCCCUGGGCAAGCGAAUGAACUGGUGCUGAUUGAGUGGGGGGACAAGCCAAUGGAGCUGCUCAUCAAAGACAUGGCAGUGAUAUUACCCCUCUCGCUGCAUGAUGGGAAAUGGCACCACGUGUGUGUGACGUGGUUGGCACGAGAUGGAGUAUGGGAGGUUUAUCAGGACGGAACAAAGAGAGGAUCAGGGGAUAAUCUUAACGCCUGGCAACCCAUCAAACCUGGAGGAGUGUUUAUUUUGGGACAAGAGCAGGACUCACUCGGCGGACGUUUCGAUGCCACCCAGGCUUUUGUUGGUGAAAUCUCAGACCUGCAGCUCUGGUCUCACACACUCACACACGAUGACAUCUACAGUCUAUCGUCCUGCCGAGGUCACAUGACCGGUGACGUCAUAAGCUGGGAGGAGUCAAUGGUGGAGCUGCACGGUGGGGUCACCAAGUACCCGUUUGAUCCCUGCCACUAA